AUGCUGCCAAACGAUGCCGUCCACACCGGGCACAGGCUCGUGGAGUUUACACAGGGAGAGGAGGAAGAGGGGAGCAGCGCAGUGAAAUGCGUUUUUAAGAAGGUUUCGGGCGGUGAAGAGCGGUUUCUGGAGGUGGAGACCCCGCUGCUGCUGGGGGCAGACGGCAUUCACUCGGAGGCACGGAAGCAUCUGCUGAGCGGGGCAGCAGGCGAGGGAGUGAGUGCGCGAGACAACGGUAGAACCAUCGGGAGGGCCAUCAUCGACAGCAGCCUCUGCCUGCACCCUGUACGUGCCCCUCUGCCCGCAUCCUGUACGUGCCCCUCUGCUCGCACCCUGUACGUGCCCCUCCUCCCCCACCCUGUAAAUACAAUACUCGGUGUCAACCGCACUGCAACCGCCGCCGACUGUGGAGCAGGCAAACUCUUCUGGGCAUGUACACUCAUUGAUUCCGCCGAUCCGACGGUCAGCAGCGUACGAUCCAAGGGGGGGGAGGAGGUGCGGGAGAAGAUUCUUCGGGCGUUUGAGGGGUGGGAUGUGGUGCAGCAGGUGGUCAAGGCCACUCCCCCCGACCUCAUCCUUGAACGCCGCGUGCUCGACCUCCCGCCCCUGCCCUUCUGGGUCAAAGGGAGGACGGCUCUCCUCGGAGGUACGGUUGUCCUGGGAGGUAUGCCACUCCUGGGAGGUAUGGCACUCCUGGAAGGUACUGUACUCCUGGGAGGUACGGCACCCCUGGAAGAUGCGGCGCACGCAGUGACGCCAGGGCUGGGGCAGGGCGCCAAUCUGGCGUUUGAGGAUGCGGCUCAGCUGGUGGAGUGCCUUCGGGGGAAGACCCAUGUCAGGUGGGUGCUGCAUUUCUCAGGAAGGGUGCUGCAUUUGUGA